AUGCCAAGGGGGCAGGGGGAUGGAAGGAGGGGAGCAAUUUGGUCUGAAUUCCGAGUCACUAACCACCUGUCUCUUCUGUUUCCCCAUUCCCAUCUGUCUGCCCCAUCCAAUUUCCCUUCCCUUCUUGCACCUCUCCUCUGUCUUUUUCUGUCUGUCCGUCUGUCCAUCCCUCCUCCCCUCAGGUCGGGCCUGCCUUCGCCUUCUCCCACUUCCUUCCCCUUCCCCACCCCUUGCCCCCUCCAUGGAGAGGAACAGACCCCUUCUCUGUCCAGUCUAACCCAGGUCCCUCCCCAACCCCCUCCUCCCUCCUUUCCCCCGCCCCCUCCUCCCUCCUGGGGCGAGGGGGGCCUCCCUCCCUCUCCCCCCCUUCUCUCUCUCUCCGAGGGGGGGGGGUCCCGGGGAGGGAGGGGGGGUCCCCCGAUCAGCAUGUGGCUCCUGGCGCUGUGUCUGGUGGGGCUGGCGGGGGCUCAACGGGGGGGAGGGGGUCCCGGCGGCGGCGCCCCGGGCGGCCCGGGCCUGGGUCUCGGCGGCCUCGGGGAGGAGCGCUUCCCAGUGGUGAGCACAGCCUACGGGCGAGUGCGCGGCGUGCGGCGCGAGCUCAACAACGAGAUCCUGGGCCCGGUCGUGCAGUUCCUGGGCUUGCCCUACGCCACGCCCCCCCUGGGCGCCCGCCGCUUUCAGCCGCCCGAGGCCCCCGCCUCGUGGCCCGGCGUGCGCAACGCCACGACCCUGCCGCCCGCCUGCCCGCAGAACCUGCACGGGGCGCUGCCGGCCAUCAUGCUGCCCGUGUGGUUCACCGACAACCUGGAGGCGGCCGCCACCUACGUGCAGAACCAGAGCGAGGACUGCCUGUACCUCAACCUCUACGUGCCCACCGAGGACGGUCCGCUCACAAAAAAACGUGACGAGGCGACGCUCAAUCCGCCAGACACAGAUAUCCGGGACUCCGGGAAGAAGCCAGUGAUGCUGUUUCUACACGGUGGCUCCUACAUGGAGGGCACGGGGAACAUGUUCGAUGGCUCCGUCUUGGCCGCCUACGGCAAUGUCAUUGUAGCCACACUCAACUACCGGCUUGGGGUGCUCGGUUUUCUCAGCACUGGGGACCAGGCUGCAAAAGGCAACUAUGGGCUCCUAGACCAGAUCCAGGCCCUGCGCUGGCUCAGUGAGAACAUAGCCCACUUUGGAGGGGACCCCGAACGCAUCACCAUCUUCGGAUCUGGGGCAGGAGCCUCCUGUGUCAACCUCUUGAUCCUCUCCCACCACUCGGAAGGGCUGUUCCAGAAGGCCAUUGCCCAGAGCGGCACUGCCAUUUCUAGCUGGUCUGUCAACUACCAGCCACUCAAAUACACACGACUGCUGGCUGCCAAGGUGGGCUGUGACCGGGAGGACAGCGCUGAGGCUGUGGAGUGUCUGCGCCGGAAGCCCUCUCGGGAACUGGUGGACCAGGACGUGCAGCCUGCCCGCUACCAUAUCGCCUUUGGGCCUGUGGUGGACGGUGAUGUCGUCCCUGACGACCCUGAGAUCCUCAUGCAGCAGGGAGAAUUCCUCAACUACGACAUGCUCAUUGGGGUCAACCAGGGAGAGGGCCUCAAGUUCGUGGAGGACUCAGCAGAGAGCGAGGAUGGCGUGUCCGCCAGCGCCUUCGACUUCACGGUCUCCAACUUCGUGGACAACCUGUAUGGCUACCCAGAGGGCAAGGAUGUGCUACGGGAGACCAUCAAGUUCAUGUACACGGACUGGGCCGACCGGGACAACGGCGAGAUGCGGCGCAAGACCCUGCUGGCGCUCUUUACUGACCACCAGUGGGUGGCGCCGGCUGUGGCCACCGCCAAGCUGCACGCUGACUACCAGUCCCCUGUCUACUUUUACACCUUCUACCACCACUGCCAGGCUGAGGGCCGGCCCGAGUGGGCGGAUGCAGCGCACGGGGAUGAGCUACCCUACGUCUUUGGUGUGCCUAUGGUGGGCGCCACCGACCUCUUCCCCUGCAACUUCUCUAAGAAUGACGUCAUGCUCAGCGCCGUGGUCAUGACCUACUGGACCAACUUCGCCAAGACUGGCGACCCCAACCAGCCGGUGCCACAGGACACCAAGUUCAUCCACACCAAGCCCAACCGCUUCGAGGAGGUGGUGUGGAGCAAGUUCAACAGCAAAGAGAAGCAGUACCUGCACAUCGGUCUGAAGCCGCGCGUGCGCGACAACUACCGCGCCAACAAGGUGGCCUUCUGGCUGGAGCUCGUGCCGCACCUGCACAAUCUGCACACGGAGCUCUUCACCACCACCACGCGCCUGCCGCCCUACGCCACGCGCUGGCCGCCGCGCCCGCCCCCCGGUGCCCCGGGCACGCGCCGCCCGCCGCCCCCCGCCACCCUGCCGCCCGAGCCCGAGCCCGAGCCGGGCCCCCGGGCCUACGACCGCUUCCCCGGGGACUCCCGAGACUACUCCACGGAGCUCAGCGUCACCGUGGCCGUGGGUGCCUCGCUCCUCUUCCUCAACAUCCUCGCCUUCGCCGCCCUCUACUACAAGCGGGACCGGCGGCAGGAGCUGCGGUGCCGGCGGCUCAGUCCUCCCGGCGGCUCGGGCUCUGGGGUGCCCGGCGGGGGCCCCCUGCUCCCCGCUGCCGGCCGCGAGCUGCCACCCGAGGAGGAGCUGGUGUCACUUCAGCUGAAGAGGGGCGGGGGCGUUGGGGCGGACCCUGCAGAGGCCCUGCGCCCCACCUGCCCACCCGACUACACUCUGGCCCUGCGCCGGGCGCCGGACGACGUGCCUCUCUUGGCCCCCGGGGCCCUGACCCUGCUGCCCAGCGGCCUGGGGCCACCCCCUCCCCCGCCACCCCCGUCCCUCCAUCCCUUCGGGCCCUUCCCCCCGCCGCCCCCCACAGCUACCAGCCACAACAACACGCUCCCCCACCCCCAUUCCACCACUCGGGUAUAG